AAAAAGGACGUUGGCUUACGCAUGGGCCAAGAGCCCAAAACUCCGGCAGCACAUCGGUUUCUGAUUUUUUUUUUCUCAAAAAAGAAAAAAGACAAUCGGUUUCUGCCUUUCUGGUUCCGGAGUUUGGGUUGAGGAACGAAGCGAGUGGCGGCGGCGGCGGUUCCGAGAAUGGCCAUCGGUUCCGACAGCGGCGGCGGCGGCGGAGUGAAGAGGCAAAGGGUGGAUGACCGAUGCGAGGCGGUGGCUUCGGAUGCGUUCCCGGUAGACCGCAUCUCGGCGCUGCCGGACGAGCUGCGACUGCACGUCCUGACGCACCUCCCCCUCAAGGACGCCAUCCGCACGGGGGCGCUCGCUCGCGGGUGGCGCGACCUAUGGAGGGGCCGGUGGGCGCACCGCGCCUCCCUCGAGGUGCACCUCCGCUCCCACGACGACCUGGGGAGAGAGCUGGACGUGCUGGAGCGCGAGCCGCGCCCGCGCCGCCGCCUCGAGCGCUUCUCCCUGGUCGUCGACAUCUCCAACCUCAAGUCCUCGGAACUCCGGCGUUUUCUCGAUUACGCUGCCGAGUGCGGCGUCGAGGACCUCCACGUGGAGAUGCUCCAGGGCACGAUUGCGAGCAGACUCAACUUCCACUUGCCGCUGUCGAGCCCGGCCCUCGCGUGCCUCUCGCUCCGCCACAUCUGCGUCUCCAAAAUGUACCACAAGGGCGCCCGGCCAUUCCACGCUCUCGAGGUCAUCCGGCUCGCAUCGGUGUCCUUCCGCAGGGAGGCUUUCAGAGAAAUGAUGGCGCUGUGCCCCAGCCUCCUCGUUCUCGAUCUGCGCUGCUGCAGCUGUAGUGGUUGGGUGUUCGACAGGCUGCCGCCGAACCUGAGGAGUCUUACCAUCGCGGGCUGUGAUAGGAUUACCAGUCUGGACUUCGUGCGUGUUCCUAGCCUGCGCUCCUUCCGCUACAGUGGCUGCUUCUCCAACUUGCCUUUAUCCAUUCCACGCGAUGCUGUGCUUUCUGAUCUUUAUAUUCAGUUAUAUGACUCAGUAAUGAUGAAAGAGUGGCAUAUCGAUAAGUUGAGGAAAUCUCUCCCGAAGGAUUUAUCCAGACUCAACGUUCUCACUAUCAGUUACAAAGCUCUCACGGGUGCAUCUGUCUUGUCAGUUGAUGGGGUCAGUGCCCAAUUGCCCAAUUUCAACUUACAUGGAUUGAAAGAGCUACACCUACUCAUGUUACAGACAAAAGCUGUCAACCUAGCUAACCUCUAUCUGUUCCUCAAGACCUUCCAGUGUCCUAAUCUGGAGAGGCUCUUUGUGCAGCUCCCGGCAUAUAGAUUAAAGCCCACAGAAGGUUCUAUUGAUCAGGUGCGGGAAGAGCCACCGGAAGAUGGCUUAGACAACCUUGUCAUGAUAAAGGUCAUGAACUUCAACUGGUGCCCCACCGAGGUGCAGCUAGUGAGUUUUCUAUUGAGGAAGGCUAGCUCUCUGCAGAAACUGUUAAUAGUUUCUCGCAAUGUCACUCCAGUGGAUUCGCCCGGUGCAUCAGAAGCGGACCUUUCGCUUCUCAAAGAAGCUUUGGUCAAUGGCACGAUAAUGUUUACUGAGUCUGAUAAUGCAGCAACUCAGCCAUAUCAUAAGGCCUAUAUCAAUCUAUAGUGCAGUCACCAGUCGAAUCAGAGCCCUAAAGAUAGUAAUACUAGCCUAUCAGGACAUUAACAUUUUGGUUCCAGUUCUUACUGAGAAAAUUGUAAGAUAUCAAGAAACCAAUGUUGUCUCCUUAAUUUCUUUCUUGAAUAUUACUCUUAGUGAAGUAUUAAUAAUGCAUGGUGUUCCAAUAUGCUCUUGCUUUGCUGUCCUGGUACCACUUGCAUGAUGUAUUUAACAUGUUAAUAUUAUCCUUAUGAUGAUGAUGUAUCAAUCAUAUGUUAUUUAGUUGUCACUUGGCUCGGUUAGUUUGGGGGGUUUUACAGGAUAUCUUUGAACUAGAUUUUUUACCUAGAUCCAUAGAAGAUAUGUCUAUGACCUGGUUACAUGGCACGGGGCCUCUACCUAAGCGGUUGAUGAUGUUUUUCUUCGCGGGUUUUGCCUGGGCGUUAUGGAUUACGCGGAACAAGAUGGCAAUUGAGAAAACUUUUGUUAAAAUGCCAACUGAUGUGAUAUAUGUGGCGAUAUCAUUCUUGCAGAGAUGGAGUAUCCUUUUGAAGGAGAAAGACAAGGAGCGCGUGUGGCAGGUGCUGGAGGCAAUUAGACGCUGGCUGAAGGACUUUAAACCCAAGAUUUCCACUGCUACUGAUGUCUUCGAGAUUUAACAGUUUUUGUUUUUGUUGUGCUCUAGAUGUUGUCUUUACCUUCCUGGUUUUGGGCUGAUAUAGCCGUGAAUUGUAAUGUGGCUGGUAACCCCAGCGAACCUGUUACGUUGUGCUUUCUUAAAAGCAGAGUUGAUCCUCUUUAAAAAAAAAUUCUGGAGCUUCAUAUUAUCUUUCACAACUCAAACGAA